CCGGUGCUGUAUGAGUGUGUGGACGGUGCUGCCUGAAGUGAGAGAGACUGUGAGAGAGCCGUGUGCUGUGGCUUAUCCUUGUCCUAUGCGGAUUUUACCACUGACUGUCAGGCCGAGCGGCUCGCGUCAUCUAGGGCAGGCCCCCCGUUCAGACACCCCCUUUCAAAGAUUCCUCAAAACGCGCACCGCUGGAGGAUAAUUGUGGUUGCCCUGCUUAGUCAGUUUUAUUUCGGGGGAAUAUUAUCGACGCUGAGGACUUGGGAGAGGAGAAAAGCGGAGAGGCGAGGAUGCUCAGUGGGCAAGGCGAGAGAUGAGCAGUGGGCAUGGGGCAUCUUACAACUCCCGACAGAAAAGAGGAGCCUUCACUGGCAUAGCUACCUCCCCACUCUUCCCCUCCUCCCAUCCACAUUUCCCUCUUCUCCUCCAUUCUUAAACCGUUGACCGUUUGUUUAUCGCCUUCUCUCCCUCCAUAUUUCCCCAUCAUCUGUCACCAUGACAACCUCAGCCCUGCGCAGGCAGGUGAAGAAUAUUGUACACAACUAUUCAGAAGCAGAGAUCAAGGUUCGCGAGGCCACCUCAAACGAUCCAUGGGGGCCAUCCUCGUCUCUCAUGUCAGAGAUUGCUGACUUAACCUUCAAUGUGGUGGCGUUUGCAGAGGUCAUGGGUAUGGUGUGGAAGCGCCUCAAUGACAGCGGCAAGAACUGGAGACAUGUCUACAAGGCCCUGACACUGUUGGAUUACUUGCUGAAGACAGGAUCAGAAAGGGUGGCCCAGCAGUGCCGUGAGAACGCGUUCACUAUUCAGACCCUGCGCGACUUUCAGUAUGUGGAUCGUGAUGGCAGAGACCAGGGGGCCAACGUAAGGGAAAAAGCACGCCAACUGGUCUGCCUCCUUCGGGACGAGGAGCGGCUGCGCCAGGAGAGGAGUCAAGCCCUUAAGACCAAGGAGCGAAUGGCUGGUGGAGGCAGUGGAGGGGGUGGAGGUGUUUAUGGAGGUAUACCCCCAGCGUAUCACCCAGGCAGACGCACAAGUCAGCCCAGCAUGGCUGUGCUAUACGGGGAGGAAUUCAGUCGCUCCAGAGGCUCUCCAUCUUCCUUUAACUCCUCAUCCUCGUCUCCUCGAGCCGCUUCAGACCUGGAGCAGGCUCGACCUCAGACCAGCGGGGAAGAGGAGUUACAGCUCCAGCUGGCUUUAGCCAUGAGCAGGGAGGAGAGUCAGAAGGUCUGCACUCAUUGCCACGAUGGUAAUGCUGAUGAUGUCACAAUACCGCCCCUGCAGGAGCAGCGCUGUCGCCAAGGAGACGAGUCACUGUUACAGAAGGCCCUGGAUGAGAGCCGGAGAGAGAGCCAGUCAGGGACGCACGAGUCUGCCAUGUUGGAUCUAGUGGACAUAUUUGGAUCCUCAUCUGAGCCCCCUCUGCCACCUAGUGACCCUUGGAACUCUGCUAAACCCACCAGUAACGUCUCUUCUGACCCGUGGGACUCUGUAGCAGUCCACUCAAGCACUCCUGUGAUUGGUAGCCCCUGGACAGCCCCUCCCUCCUCCAACAACACAUCCAAUCCUUGGGCUCCUUGUACCAACUCACGCACAGACCCAUGGGAAGCAGCGCCUGCUUCCUGCAGUCCUGUCAAUCAUGCGUGGGACAGCCCAACAGAUGGAGAUGCUGAUGGGACGGAUCCAUUCGCUGCACAUGAAGAAGAGAAACCUAAACAGGAGAUUCCCGCAGUGUCCUCACCUCAACCUGCAAGUCCCACAGAUGCAGAGUUGUUUGGGACAAAACCAGAGUCUGACCCAUUUUCUGGUCUAGACUCCAAGCAGGACCCAUUUGGAGCGGAGCCACCAGUGAAACCCCUGGUAAACGGACGAGAUUCAGCCAGCCCGGAGAUGUUUGACCUGUCACGUCUAGCACCCCCGCUCAGUGCCCCGGCUACACGUGUGUGUCGAACUCCAGAGGCUUUUCUGGGACCUACGGGGGCCUCGUUGGUGAAUUUAGACACUCUGAUACCCCCCAACCCCCCUACAAAGACGCACAAUAACCCUUUCCUCUCAGGUCUGAGCGCACCAUCUCCUAACAACCCUUUUCACUGCGACCAGCCUCGCCUCACCCUCAACCAAAUGCGACCGUCCUCCACGUCCCCACUGCCCCCCCACAUGCUGUCCUACAGCCCGUCGCUGCCCCUUCCACUGCUCCACCAGCCUCCCAUCCUCCCCUCUUCUUUCACACAACCUCCUGCUGGACUCCUGGACCUUCCCUCUAACCUCCCGCAGCCCCUGCUUCCCCUUUCUCCACGACCAGCACCCCGCACUCAGUCACAAACACACAGUCACAACCCUUUCCUCUGAGACUCUAACAUCUUGCAAGCUCUGGUCUGCAGAGGGAGACAGAACUGACUCUUUUUGGGUUAAUCUAUGCUAACUGCAAGUUUAAGCGAGCCUGAACUGGGUCCUGGUCUGAUGUCAUUGUGCACACUUGAAGUGGACUCGGAUGGGAUGUAUUUGUGUCUGUGUAAGGACACAACAGCUGCUACUUAACCUGAACUCUUGAAGAAAAGCUCGCUCACGCACACACACACCUAUACAUGCACUCAGGCGCACUUUAGGGUGCACAGACACAAACAUGUACACUGCACCAAACUAACAGGGUGUAUCUCAACAGUCCCUCUAAUGCCUUUUCCCCAUCAAAAGAGACAACUCCAAGUAUCUUUUCAAUCCUGAACUUUUCCUUUAAAAGCCUGGGAUGAAGCCACACUCUUUGAUUGUCUACGAAGCUUCACCAGGAUCCUUACCACUGCUGCUUCACCGACAAAAGCAUGAAUGCCUUCCCCACCCAGGAUUCCAAACUACGCUACUCUCCUGAGCACCUGAGAUGAGCUCUUCAAAUAGAUCCUAUUUUUUCAAGAGCUUUCUGUCACUUGAGAAAGUCCAAAAGUGUGGUACUGUAAGAUUUAAGAAAGCAUAGACAAGAACUAAUCAAUUCCUUCCCACCUUUACAUUAUAAUAUAUAUUUUGCAUUGCCUUGCUACCUUGCAAUCUCAAUAGCAUCUGAUCCUAAGUUAGCUUGGUUAUUUAUCUUUCAAGAUAAGAAGCCUCAACAUGAUCCUGAUGGAUUCAAAACUAGCCUAGCCUAAGUUCAAUUGUACAAUCUGUCACUAAAGUGAUCACUUAUUUAACCCCCACCCCCCGUGCCUGUCUCUACAUCUUACCCACCAUGCAUUCUUAACCAGUGCAUGCUAGCACCAGUUAGGGGAGGGGUGUACAACUAAUUUUCCCCACAGGCCACAUGAGAAACUGAGACUGUUUGGAGGGCUGUACCGAUAAGCCAAACUCAGUUCUGCUGGGAAAUAAUGUCAACUCUGUAUACGCUUAUGGGGCGCAGCCCUUCACAACAGUCCCAGUUACUCAUGUGGCCCUUUGGGAAAAUGAAUUGGCCACCCUGAAUUAGGAGGACCUCAGGGAGACUGCCCCUCUUUCAAUGCGAUUCAACCUCACUAAAUAGAAAAGUAUUUGACUUUAAAAAUAAACAGGAGAAUAGGUGAUUUUAUUUUUUUCUGAUUAAAAAACGAUGGGAGGAUGCGAAUGUAUACAAGGAAGAAAGGAGACGUGACGGAACAGAUCUAAAUGAAGUUAUUACAGAUUAUAGAACAAUUUAUUGAGCUGUAGCUCCUCUUCUCCUCUGCUCCUUGUUCAUGUCAGUGUUAGGAACAAGAGAAUCUGAGAUGAAUCAGAGAUGUUUGGUCAUUACUGCACUGAACCUGGACUUGAAUGUGAAAUGCCUGCCUAUAGAUACACACAGGCUUAGUACAUAUGUAUU